AACGUUCGUUACUAGGCUAGCAACAUACACAUUUGACAGUUUCAAUGUACGUAGUUCAUAAUCCAGGUAUCUUUACAAAAAAAAAAAUUAAAAAAAAAUAUACUUUUUUCCUCCUCUUUAUCAUUUUCUUUAAGCCAAAAAAAAAAAAAAAAUUACAUUCAAGAAAGAAAAAAAAAAUAAACUCAACUCCAGAUGGCAUAAACUGCCUAGAAAAUACACCUGUACUGUAGUACAUGUGUUACUAAGCCCCAGAUGGCUUACGUUCGUAUAGUAUAUAUAGUUUGUAACGCCUCCUACCUUUUCUCUCAUGCAUAACCAUUUUCCCUAUUAAAAUUUCAUCUUGUUCUUCCUAGUAGAAAAACAAAAACGAAAUUUUGUUGUUGAUCCUAGCAGAUAUGGUGGUUUCAUCUCAACCAAUUCUCCAAAACUCUUCUCAUACAUUUAAAACAUGCAAUAUUCCAGUGAUUGACAUGUUAGACCCUCAAGCUAAAUUCUCUAUUACAAAAGCAUGUCAAGAAUUUGGAUUUUUUAAGGUUGUGAAUCAUGGUGUUCCCAAUGAAACAAUGACAAAUUUAGAAGGUGAUGCUGUCAAAUUCUUUAAUUUACCACAGUGUGAGAAGGACAAAGCUGGUCCUGCUAAUCCUUUUGGUUAUGGUAAUAAAAGAAUUGGAUCAAAUGGUGAUGUCGGUUGGGUUGAAUAUCUUCUAUUUACUACAAACUCUGAAAUUGUUUCAGAAAAAUCCGUCGGCAUUCCUGAAAAUUCUCAGCUUUUCUGGUCUGCUCUCAAUGAAUAUGUCACAGCAGUUAGAAAUAUGGCAUGCCUUGUGCUGGAAAAAAUAGCAGAUGGUUUGACAAUUGAGCCAAAAAAUGUGUUGAGUAGGCUAUUAAGGGAUCAAAAGAGUGAUUCUUGUUUUAGGCUAAACCACUAUCCACCAUGCACAGAACUUGAAGCAUUGAAUGGUGGAAAUUUAAUUGGUUUUGGUGAACAUACCGACCCACAAGUAAUAUCUGUUAUUAGGUCUAAUAACACUACUGGUCUUCAAAUCUCCCUCAGAGAUGGUACAUGGGUCUCAGUCCCACCUGAUCAGUACUCCCUUUUCAUCAUUGUUGGUGAUUCCCUGCAGGUAAUGACCAAUGGGAGAUUUAGGAGUGUAAGGCAUAGAGUCUUGGCAAACAGUAUGAAGGCAAGGUUAUCAAUGAUUUAUUUUGGUGGAGCCCCUUUAAGUGAAAAAAUAGCACCCUUAUCCUCUUUAAUGGAGGAAGGAGAAGAAAGUUUGUACAAGGAAUUUACAUGGCAUCAAUACAAGACAUCUGCCUACAAGACAAGGUUGGGUGAUGAUAGGCUGGGACUGUUUGAAAAGAAAAGUAAAGUACGACAUGGUCAAAAAUAGCCAAAUUUAGGAAAAAUACUUUAGGAUUUUGUCAUCCAAUAGACAAGUUUGGAAAGAUUUUGGUCUUGGUUGGAAGUUGGAAGUCCAAGGUAGGAAAAACCAAGGCUUUUUUUUUGUUUUUUUGUUGUUGUUGUUGUUUCAUCGCCUACUGUUUUUUU